UAGCGGUUGUAAUGUUUGGGUUGGUUUUGUAAACACCGAAAAACCACCAAGUCCGAAUUCCGGUUGCCACUGCAGCUAAAGACCGUAUUGAAAUUUCUACUCAGAUCUUAGGAAGAAUGUGCCAAGAUCAUGAAGUGGGAUUAACAUGUUAAAUUUAACGCAGAGUACUCUAACAACCGUCUUCCGCCAAAGUGUAACCGAUCUCAGAAAAGUCAAAGUCACGGAUGUAGAGUACAUAAACAGCAGCAUAACGUAUGAUGAGUUCUUCCUGAGGUUUCUGGUUCUGAACAGGCCUUGUGUGUUUGGUCCUCACAUUACCCAAGAUUGGCGGAGUGUUAGAGAGUGGGUGACAAAAGAUGGCCGGCCAAAUUUUAACUACCUUGCUCAGAUGUUUGGAAAAACUGUUGUUCCAGUUGCUGACUGUAGAAAGGUUGAAUACUCGGCCCAACCCAAGUCAGAUAUGAAGCUCACAGAAUAUCUCAACUACUGGCAAGAUAUAAGGCAAGACCCGAACUCCAAGGAUGAAAAGUGUCUGUACUUGAAAGACUGGCAUUUUACAAAGACAUUCCCUGACUACAAUGCCUACACAACGCCUACCUAUUGUGCCUCUGAUUGGAUGAAUGAAUAUUGGGAUGUCAAAUCUAGUGGAGCUGAUGACUAUCGGUUUGUGUAUAUGGGGCCCAAAGGAUCAUGGACUCCGUUUCACGCCGACGUAUUCCGUUCUUACUCCUGGUCGGCAAACAUCUGCGGACGUAAGCGUUGGCUUCUGUUUCCUCCAGGCCAAGAAGACUACCUGAGAGACACACUCGGCAACUUGGUGUAUGAUCUGACUUCUCGUGAACUACAUGAUGAAAACAAAUAUCCACAUUACAGGGAUGCAUGUGAGCCGUUUGAGGUCAUUCAGGGUCCAGGAGAGGUCAUCUUUGUACCAAGUGGAUGGCAUCAUCAGGUUUUUAACAUUGAAGAUACAAUCUCUAUAAAUCAUAACUGGUUGAAUGGCUGCAAUGUGGACCUAACCUGGAAGUUCCUCCAACAAGAGUUGGCGUCUGUCAAGGCAUCUAUCAGUGACUGUAUAGACAUGGAUAAUUGGGAUCAACAAUGCCAGAUCAUAAUGAAAGCCAGUACGGGGAUAGAUUACUCUGAGUUCCUACAACUGCUAUGGACUGUGGCAUCAACUCGGCUUCAUCAGCUACAUCAAUUCAAGAAGUGUCACAUGGAAUCAGACAUGGCCGAUGGCAAAUGUCCUAUAGAAACCUUGCAGGUUUUGGCUCAAAAAGUAACUUUGGAAUCUCAGACUUGUGAGAGACAAUUGCAGUUUGAUGAAAUCGAGAUAGAAUCAACCACUGAACAUUCCUCAAGUGAAAGGAAGAUCUUGCCCAAUCAUCCAAAUUCAUCGCCGAGUGUACCUUGUUUAAAAACACUUGAUGUAAAUUCAACAACAGCGCCAUCUAGUGGUACAAUGUUUGCCAACAAAACCAAAGACCAACCACAGACGAUUGAAAAACACCAGAAUGCCUCACAAUCAUCAGAGCCUUCAAAUUCUGCACAAAAGUCAUUUGUUUGGCACUGGAUAUAUGACCUGCGUCGCAUCACAGAAAUUGUAACCUUGUUGCUUGAUAAUGAAGAUUUUUGCAAAAUAGAGAAAGACAAGUUAUGUACUGAUCCACAAGAGUUUCUUACGGAAAUAAUUUCUGCUUUAAAGAACACUAAGGGAUAGCAGUGCAACGAUGUUGGUAUUAGAAUAUUGGCAUCUACAUAAUUGUAUCAUACCCUUUCUUAGCAAUCAGUUCCUUCUAAAAAGAUCUAAAGAGA